AAAUAAAUUUCGGCAAUGCAUUUUAUUCAGUACUGUACAGACAUAUAUGUGUUAGCACCGCUAACGGAUAUACUCGGGAAAUUAUUUAUAUCACAAAGUAAUACGAAAUCAACAAUAAAACUCGAAGUGUUUGCAAUGCAAGUUUCGAUACUAUGGUUUAGACAUGGUUUAAGACUACAUGAUAACCCGGCACUACAUGCUGCUCUCAAGAAGAAACAGCCCUUCCUGCCAAUUUUUAUUUUUGACGGAGAAACUGCAGGUACUCAAUUGAUAGGAUAUAACCGUAUGCGCUUUUUAUGCGAAGCCCUUUAUGAUCUUGACAGACAACUGAAACAGCUUGGAGGACGUUUAUAUUAUGCAAAAGGAGCAGUUGUACAAAUUUUCACAAAAAUAUGGCAAGAAUUAGGAAUAGGUAGAUUAUGUUUCGAAGAAGAUUGCGAACCAAUUUGGAGAGCGAGGGACGACUCUGUUAAAAUUAUGUGCAAAGAUUUAGGAAUAGAGUGUGUAGAAUGCGUCUCGCACACAUUGUGGGAUCCCAAAAAAAUAAUCGAAACCAAUGGAGGGCAACCCCCGUUAACAUAUCAAAUGUUUUUGUACACAGUGGACAUAUUAGGCGAUCCACCUCGUCCAAAAGAUGAGCCUCGUUGGUCAAGAGUGAAAUUCAGUAAUCCCUUUCCCCUAUUAGAAAAAGUUUUAUAUUCAUUUCAAACCUUGCCCAACCCGGAAGAUUUUGGCGUAUUUCCGGAAAUUACAGAGACUCCCUUAGUUCGAUGGAUAGGAGGUGAAACACAAGCACUCAAAAAACUUGAAGAAAGGUUGAAAUUAGAGGAAAGAGCUUUUAGACAAGGUUAUUAUCUCCCUAGUCAAAAUACGCCAGAUCUUUUGGGCCCCCCUGCAUCUCAAAGUGCAGCUUUAAGGCACGGUUGUCUUUCUGUCCGAAAAUUUUACUGGAGUAUACAGGACUUAUUUAAAGUCAUUCAUGGAGACCGUUUACCAACGGUUCAUUCAAUUACUGGUCAGUUGAUUUGGCGUGAAUAUUUUUACACAAUGUCGGUGAAAAAUCCUAAUUACGCAGUGAUGAAAGAAAAUCCAAUAUGCCUCGACAUAAACUGGAUACAAUCCACAUCAACCGAUUACAAUAUAAGAUUAACAAGUUGGAAAGAGGGAUUAACUGGAUAUCCUUUUAUAGAUGCCAUUAUGAGGCAACUAAAGGCAGAAGGUUGGAUACAUCACAUGGCCAGGAAUAUGGUGGCUUGUUUCUUAACACGAGGAGAUUUGUGGAUCUCAUGGGAAGAAGGUUUACAGCAUUUUCUUAAAUAUUUAAUUGAUGCCGACUGGUCGGUUUGUGCGGGCAAUUGGAUGUGGGUAAGCAGCAGUGCUUUCGAACAAUUAUUAGAUUGUUCCACGUGUAUUUGCCCGAUAAAUUUUGGAAAGCAUUUUGACCCAUCGGGAGAAUUUAUAAAAAGGUAUGUUCCAGAAUUAAAAAAAUUUCCAUCUACAUUAAUUUAUGAACCUUGGAAGGCUUCUCUUGAACAGCAAAUUGCUGCUGAAUGUAUUGUUGGCAAAGAUUACCCCAAUCGUAUUAUCAACCACAAAGAAGCAGCAGAAAGAAAUAGGUUGGCAAUGAAGACGCUUAGGGAAGAUUUAACUAAACCACCUACACAUUGUUGCCCAAGUAACGAAAACGAAGUACGACAAUUUAUGUGGCUGCAAGACACAUGUCUUAAACACCAGUAUGUGUCUAUAUAGUAAGACAAAUCUUAUUUUUAUGUAUGUAAAUGGUUUUAAAUGACUUGGGGGAUAUAAGUCGUUCGUUAUAAAAAUGAUUAUAGUAGAAUAUAUUUUA